GACAUCUUCCGCCUGAUAGCAGAAGCGAGUCCGUCGUGUGAAUGACUCGGUGCCGGCAGGAUCUCUCUGCCGUAGGCUCGAGACUCGCCGGGAGCCGUCAAAAUUUUAAGAGGGUGCCGCUCUAAACUAGGAAUGAAGCUCCUAAGUCCAUCGUUAGGUGCGGGGCGCUACGCGGCUGCACUCGCGAGGCCGUACUCGCAAUCCGUCGUCGCUUCCGUGGAAGAUGUGAAACCGACAAGUGUCAAGCCUAAGCCUUUCAGCGAAGUUCCCAGGGUUCCCUCACUGCCGUUGGUUGGAAGUUCAUGGAUGUACUGGCGUCUUGUGGGCAAGUACCACCCGGACCGGCGCCACAUCGCGGCCGCGGACAUGUACCGCAAGUACGGUCCGGUGGUAGCCGAGCGCCUGCCGGGCCGCUACUCGCUGGUACACCUCUUCAGUGCCAACGAUUUCCGGACGCUGUACCAAGAAGAAGGCAAGAUGCCCUUUCGUAUGGGGGCCACAGCAUUCAAGCGGUACCGUGAGAGCCGGCCUCAGUACUACGACAACAUCGGUAUCCUCAAUCUGUAA